AUGGCCACAACGGCUCUCGUCAAGGCCGCAAGCCAUGUUGAUCCUCAGAUCUUCCCGCUCGAUGAACUUCCCCAAGAAGUCAUUGAUUUGAUCGGGUCUCAUCUCUCUGCUUCCGACCCUCUGACCCUGCUUCAAUGGAGUUCAACAUGUCGAUUCUACAGAUCUCUUUUUGCACCGCUUGUCUUCAACUCGGUCACCAUUGGCAUCCACAUCAACACGCUCCCAUGCGUGCAGACGCUCCACAACAAUCAGCAUGUCAGGUCACUGACAGUCUCUUGUGCCACGGAUAGAUUGGAACUCCGCCGCUCACGCAUGUGCGCAGACCUCAGCACUUACGGCAGCGGGCAGAAGAACAAUCACACGUGGAUAAAUUGCUCGUAUAUCGAGACCAUUCUGAGCCAGCUUCCACCAAGCCUGGAGUCCCUGACUCUAUACUUCCCUGACGAUUGGCUGACCGUCAACCAAGUCUACUGGCCGUGCUUCUCCUUUGAGCCGGAGCAGUCGCCCUUGACACACCACGAACGCAUCAACUUGCACCGUAGACUCUUGUGGACCAUCUUCGACUCUGUGGCCAAGAACCACCUGAUGGGCCCAAAGGACAAUGGCUUUUCGCUGACGAUUCACAAUAUGGCUCCACACCCUUCUGGCGUCUACCACCAGCCAUGCCUCCGCGCUUUCUUGAAGAGAGUCACGUCCUUCACCAUGUCCCUGUGCAAGUUCCAAUCCGUUGCUGGAGACCGCGUCAGACUUCCCAAGAUCGGUUGGUUCCGAUACAUGAUUACUGGAUGGUUCUACGAUGUCCUCCGCUCAGUCACCGAGUUGAAACUAGUUGCAAAUGCAGCAUGGCAGGUCGCCAUGAGGUUUAACGGCGUACCAUGCUAUUCGACCCUGAGCCCGCUUCCCACACACUUUACCCAGCUCCGCCAUCUAGCUCUGGAGAACAUGUUUAUAGACUCCAAGCUCGUCGACUACCUCACCUUUUCAUUCCACGCGUCGAUCCUCGAAUCCGUCACACUGCACAACUGCUUUUGCCACACCAUCACAAACGUCGAGUCCGAGGCCGAAACGCUCGAUUUCCCCGACGCGCCUACGUGGUCCGACCUGUUCAGGAGGCUGGCCAAGGCGACGACGCGCAAACUCACCUCGGUCAAAGUGACGUACGACAUUUCCCUCAUCUCCGAGCGGAUGCCGUGCUACUUCGACAAACGCCACCGUCACAACCCGGAACUGUGCGUGUUCCGCAAGGAUUCCUUGAACAUGUCUUGGGUCUGCGAGAGCCUCAUCGACGCCGCCGCCGUCGACUCCCAGUGCGACGAGUACACCCGGUUCUCGGACGCCGCGUGCCGGAGACACCUCCACAGGUCGAUGGUGUUUCUGUACACCACCAUCGACCCCGUCAAACGCACAUUCACCUCGGGCGUCUGGGACACGACGCUCAGGUACGCCGACGGAACCGACCUCGAUUCUUGGAAGAGACUGGUCGAUAAAAUGACGCGCAACGGCGGCAGAAAUUUGCCGAGAUGUUGA